GAGGGAAAGGACAGAGACAGAAUAAAUAAAAUAGAGGGAGAAAUAGAGAAAAAAUAAAGAGGGGGAGGGGAGUAGCACAAGCAAAUAUUUAAUUACAGAAAGAGAGAGAGAGAGAAACCUCAAAUAUCAUAAAUCUGUAACUUAAUUUCGGAUUUCAUAUGAAUAGCAAAAAAAACUGUCUUGAGAGAAUUUAAACGGGAGGUGAACUUUGGAAGGAGCAUGCUGCCAGUGUUCCACAGCCUCCUAGUGUCUGUCACAGUCCUGCUGUAGCUGCCUCCUACCAUGCUACUAUCUCUGGAUUGUCUGGACCUGAAGAGCUGCCUGCUUGUGAUCUUUCUGUUCCUACUGCUGGUGGACUUCCUGAAGCACAGAAACCCACCUGAGUUCCCUCCUGGACCAUGGCCUCUACCUUUCCUUGGAAAUAUCUUCAUUGGGUUUGGCUACCAGGACAUGGACAAGGUUGCUGAACAGUUCGGCAAUAUUUUCAGCCUUCGGUGGGGUUGGGAGAAGGUGGUGUUUGUGUCUGGGUACAAGAUGGUGAAGGAUGUUUUAAUGACUCAGGGAGAUAACUUUUUAGACCGACCUGCAUCUCCUCUCUUUAGUGAUGUUUUCAAAGACUGUGGAAUCUCUGUAAGUAAUGGAUACAGAUGGAGGAGGCAACGGCAGUUCUCGGUGGCCCACCUAAAACACGUUGGUGAGGGGAAGAGAACCCUGGAGCUUCAUGUGCAGCAGGAGUGUAACUUCCUGUGUCAGGCCUUCCAACAGGAAAUGGGAGGGCCAUUCAACCCCCAACUCAUAAUAAACAGUGCUGCUGCAAACAGCAUUGGAUUCUUGGUGUUUGGAAAGCGAUUUGACUACAACGCUACAGACUUCCAGAACCGUCUGCGACUGAGCCAGGAGUCCAUGCUAUUGAUAGGCAACCCUCUGGUUCAGCUGUAUGAUGUAUUUCCAUGGCUGUUCAAGCGUUUGCCUGGGCUGCGUUCUGGUCCCCAUGUGACAAUUCUUUCCAACUAUGCAACGAUUGUGUCAUUCCUGAGAAAAGAAAUAGAGAAACAUAAGAAGGACUGGGAUCCCUUUGAUCACCGGGACUACAUUGACUCCUACAUCGGAGAAAUAGACAAGAAGAAGAGGGACAUCGAGGCUGGGUUCCACUCAGAGAACUUGGUGUACUGCAGUCUGGACUUGUUUGAGGCUGGAACAGAGACCAUGACCAACACUUUACGUUGGGCUCUGCUCUACAUGGUGAAGUACCCUGAUGUUCAGGAGAAUGUCCAGGAAGAGAUCAAAAGUGUGAUUGGCCAGUCUCGCCAGCCCUGCCUUGCUGAUAGGGUGAGCAUGCCCUACACAGACGCUGUGAUCCACGAGACACAGAGAAUGGCCAACAUACUGCCUCUCAAUAUCAGGAUGUCAAGCAAAGAUGCUACCAUGGGGGGAUAUUUCAUACCCAAGGGCACUAAAGUGAUAGUCAACCUCUCCUCAGUGUUACGUGACCAGACAGAAUGGGAGACGGCAGACCACUUCAACCCACAACAUUUCCUGGAUGUGCAUGGUCACUUCCGGAAAAGGGAGGCUUUUUUCCCAUUUUCUGCAGGAAAGAGGGCUUGUCUGGGGCAGUCGCUGGCCCGCAUGGAGCUCUUCCUCUUUUUCACCUCCCUCCUCCAGAGGUUCACCAUCUCUACAUCCCCUGGAGAGGAACCACCAAGCCUGGAGCCCCAGGGAGUGGCCAUCCAGUCCCCUAAACCCUUCACUAUCUGUGCCUCCACAUGGUGAUGGUUCACCACCAUUAUAGUUCCGUUUUGGAGAAGAAGAGGAAUACAUUUUAUUGUCCAUUUUCCUAUGGAAAUCGGUCUUUUUGCUUUUCACCCUACCCCCUCCCAAAUCAAACACACACACCCUCGAAGGGUUGGAAGCACAGGGUCAGCCAUGGUGCAGCGCCACUGGAGAAGUUUCAGGUUAAGGGCACAACGGCAGAUUGUAUGAUACACUGAAUUACUGAGCACUGUCUGCAUGCUUAACAUAAUGUAUACACAGUAUUAUAUUUACAGUGUCCCCCCUUUCUUAAAGGUCUAACGCAGCCA